GUGGCUAACGCCGUUGUUAAAACCGUCUAAAACGGCUUUCUCUCACUCUCUCUCUCUCUCUCUUUUCUGCAUACCAAAAACACAAGCACCUCCUCAGUAACCUCUCUCUCUUUCUCUAAGCUAUGACUCUUUCUCUCUCUCUAUCUCUCUAAAGCUCUUUCUCUGUCUCUCUCUGAGCCAAAAACAUGCGGUUUUGAUCACUUCAGGUUCGGAUUUUGUUGUGUCUGUAUUAUUUAUACGGAUGCUCGUCCUUCGAUGACGAUGAUAUAUCGAUAUUCUUCUGGUUUCGUAAUUUGGGAUUAUAUCUUCUUUUGACUUAAUGGUAGCGUUUGUUUGAGAGUAACAGAUUUUAGAGGGUUUGAUGGUGUGCUGAAACUAUUGACAGAGUUUUAGCUUCAGAGUAUGCGAGUCCAAUUGAGGGUGAACUUUUAGAACUUCAAUUGUGGUGUGUUUUAGAGCAUGGGGUCUGCUUGUUGCGUGGCCGCUAGAGAGAAGACUAUAACAAAUGGUUCAAAUAGUGAAAUUUUGCAUAGGAAUAUCCGGUAUUCACCCACAUGGAGCUUCCGAUGGGAUCACAGAGGGCGGGUAGCAGGCGAAGAGACUUCUAUAAGUUGGUUCUCAGAUGGAAUAAGUCGGAAUGAAGGAUCGGAAAAUAAAUAUGAAUCAGCAUAUGUAUCGGAGGAAGGAAGUCCAUUGGAACAUUUUAGAAGACGCCCAUCACAUAAGUCCUCUAUUUCUGAGGAAACCUCUGGGAAUCUGAGAACUCCUGCCUCAGAUCAGUCUAUUACAGGGAAUGUUUCCACAGAUGCGGGUCUAGAACAGGCAAAGGAUUCAGCAGACUCUCCAUUGUUUCCUUGUUCAUCUCCCACAAAGCUAUCACUUUCAUUGCCUUCAACUUCGUCCUUGUCUACAUCCCCUUUGUCAUUCCAAGGUAAACUGCCUCCUGCCAGCUCAGCCCCAUUGAAGUGGCCGAGGCAUUCUCCAGGAAAUCAACCGUUAAGGCAAGUGUCUGAUACACAACAAAUCUCAGAAUUGAAGUCACCAAAUAGCUAUGCAGUUUCUGAAGAAAGGGCCGUGCUGCCCUCGUGGAGCAAUGAAUCAGCCAGGGGCUCCCGUGGUGGUUCUUCAGAUGGUUGGUCUAUGCAUGCCUUUUCUGAACUCAUGGCAACUUCUAACAGAGAAAGGUGGUCUUUUGAUAGUGAAUCUUUUGGCUUUAACCGCGAGAAGUUAACCAGAUCCAGUAGCAGAGUUUCAGUUUCUCCUUCCGUUGAUUUGCAAACAUGUGGAAUUUGCUCAAAGCUUUUAACUGAGAAGUCUAUAUGGAGCAGCCAAAAGAUUUUUGCUAGUAAUGAGCUUUCUGUUGUUGCUGUGUUAAUUUGUGGACAUGUUUAUCAUGCUGAGUGUUUGGAGAAUAUGACACCUGAAAUUAACAAGUAUGACCCAAAUUGCCCACUUUGUACUUAUGGCGAGAAACAGACUCACAAGCUGUCUGAAAAAGCAAUUAAAGCUGAGAUGGAUAUGAAGGCUAAAAGCAAGAAAUCAAGGAGCCGCGUUGUUGAUCUUGACAGUGAUUCUGUUGUGUUUGAUCGCUUGAAAGGUAGUGGACAUCAAGUAAAUGGUCCUAAGAUGGCCUCCAGUUCCAGUAUGAAAAGCUCCUUGGGAAGGCCUUUUUUGAGACGUCACUUUUCAUUUGGAUCGAAGAGUACUCGAGUCCCAGAGAAUCAUUCUACCAGAAAGAAGGGGUUCUUCUGGGCAAAAUCUAGCAAGAUGUGAGCAUUUACUCGAAGCUGAUUGGGAGGUGAGCAUCUGUCUCUCCUUGUAUAUGUUGCUUAGAUCAGUAAACUCGGUAGAGAGAUUCUUUCAAUUCUACUUGGCACAAUUUUUUUUAAAAAAAAUUCAAUACCAUUCACAUCCCAUGUCAUGCUAUAAUGUUUCCCCUAGCUAUGUUGGGAACUGGAAGUUACCAACUUGAAAUCUCCAAUUGAACCCGAUAUUUUAUAAAAAAAUUCCAGUGUUGAUCUUUCUCUGCAAUCUCAGUUGGACAAAGAAUUGUCGAGAGUUCAGGAUUGUCACUCAUUAGGGCAUUGUAUGAUACGUCUGUAUCUGCAGACACCAUUCCCAAAUUUCAACAGAAUUAGCUUGUGGAGUUACACUGUAAAGAAGAGAAAAAAAAGAAAAGGGGUUAUAUAGAAGAGACAUUUCUUUAGAAAGAAGAAAAAAGAAAAGUAGAUUCGACCUGUCUUCGUGAAAUUUGUAAGCGCAUUCUUAUUUUGUACAGAUCAAUAUGUUUCCUGCAUGGACGUAUAGAAGAUUUUAUCUCCCCAAAAAAAAAAAAAACAAAAA